AUGGCCUUUCUCCAGCGGUUGCUUGGGUUGAAGAACCAGUUCGAGGUCGAUGGGAAGCUUGUGCUUGUUGCUGGGGGGUCGCGAGGGCUGGGGAAAGCGCUAGCCCUAGAGCUGGCUGCGAAAGGUGCCAAUCUCUUGCUACUUGCGCGCAACGAGACGGCCCUGCGACACACGCAGGGUGAAGUCCAGCGAGCGUGCACCAACUCGAAGCAGAUCGUCGAUGCGAUUCCAGUCGACCUAACCAACCCUGACGAGAUCCACGCUGCCCUCAACCACUACCACACCCCCGAUAUCCUCAUCUGCACCGCCGGCGGAACGCCCACGCAAGUCGGCUUUCUCGCCGACAUCUCGCCGCAGGCUAUCACGUCGUGCGUCGACCUGAAUUACUACACCACCAUCUUUGUCGUGCAAUACUGUCUGAAACUAUGGCUCGCUGCCGCUCCGACCUCCUCGCCGCGCCACGUCCUCCUCACGUCGUCACUGGCUGCCUUCGUUGGCAUCCCGGGCUUCAUCGCGUACACGCCCACCAAAGUCGCGAUUCGCGCGCUGGCAGAUACCCUUCGUCAAGAGUUUCUUCUCUACGGCGAGAAUACCUUCAAAGUACACGUUAGCUUUCCGGGCCCUUUCAUAACCGAAGCUUUUCUAGAGGAACAGGAUAAUAAAUCUCGUCUGACCAAGAUGCUCGAGGGGACGGAGUUGUCUCGCCCAGAGCUAGAGCAGAAGAUCCCGUCGGCGAGAGUUGUCGCGAAGAGGAUUAUCGCCGGCGUCGAGAAAGGAAAGACGUAUGUGCCUGUGGACUGGCAGGGGGAGCUUCUAUUGAAUAAUAUGCGCGGUCCGAGUCCGCGGUUCUGGACACUGUGGGACUUCUUCCUGGGUAUGGUGGCGGCUUGUGCGUGGUGGUUUUUCCGUACGUCGUGGGAUCGACAGACGAGAAGGUUUGGGGUGGCUCAUGGGCGAGAGAAUGGAGUGUGA